CUUUCCAUUGCAUCCACUUGUAUUGAAUCUUGGCCAGAUCACUGUCGCAAACAUGGGCGGUCCCAAUCUCGAAGUCUUCAAAUUCGGCAUGUACAUCAUGUUCCCCAUCGGCUUCAUGUACUACUUCGGCAUCAACCUCGAUUCGCGCUUCGCCGUGCCCGAUUUCUGGCCCAAGCGCGGCCAAACCCACGAAAUCCCCUUUGACAAGGACGAAAUCAAUGCCGAGAUUGAGCGGUUGAAGCAGAGACGACUCGCUGCCCGGGCGCGCAGAUUGGCCAUGGAGGAACAAGGACUGAGUACCGCGACGCAUGUGAAUGAGGACGAGGUGCGAGAGGGGAGGGUGAGGGAGUAUCUGAGUAAUACGAAAGUUAUACCGAGGGAGGUAGAGCAGCAGCAGCAGGAUGAGGUGGAAGGGAUGAAGAAGAAGAACGGUGGGUGGUUUGGGUGGGGGAAGUGAAGGGUUUUUGGGGGAUAUUUUGGGAUUUUGGUCUUGCAAGGGGGAGAAUGGAACGAUGAUACAUACUUCUCCGACUCUAGUAUGGAAAAGAAGGCGCAGAUGCAAGCAGGCACGUAUACGGUGGCCGUUGCAUCUUCGAGUCGCUCAAUACUUUGAUGUUGGAGUUAGCGGUGGUGAAGGCAGCUCCAUGACUGGCCGCAGCGACACACGCAUACGACUUGCAUCGCUUUGCUCGCCUUACGAGCGAGGGCUUGUAGAGAGCCGCCACCUUGGGAAGCGGGAGCCCCAAAAGCAAGAGCUGACAAAACACCAGGCGGGCUGUAACGGUCUUUCGUGAACAACAGUACGGGGAGCUUGUGUGUGUCAACUGGUACUUCAGGUAGGAUGAUCAUCAUCAUCCAUGUUCGGUCAAUGGGAUUUUGAAGAGAUUUACUGUACGAUAGGCUAGAAGCUAUGUACAUUGCGAACUAUCUCAUCUUUUUUUGGACGAC